AUGUGCUGCAUCGAGGAUCGUCAUUUAGCGAAACAACCAGAUUACUUCACUGUCGAAGUUACACAAACGCCGAUCAGAGGUGCUCGCGGAUGUAUGUCUUCUCCUAGACAGUCGGCAGAAGUUAUUAAAACCCCAAAUGGCCUAUCACAAGGGUCUCCAUCGGUGGUGAGCUCGAAAGAUGAGCCCGGCACUCAAGAAGUUGAGCCAGCCUCGCCAAUCAGUAAGGACAUGAAGGACCAGGAUGCUGGAAGAGAGAGACUGUUGGCAGACGGAAGCGAGCCAGCGGCAGACAAUUCUCAUACAGCAGUGGAUAAUACUUUGGAUUCACUGAAAGAUAAGGGAAAGGGUAAAAAUACAGCAGAAAAAACUACGGAAGAGGUCAGAACCGCGACGAAUGAGCAAUCUAUACCCCAAGACAUGGAAUCCUCUACUGCGACCUUGAAACCAAUUUCAACCCGGCCCCCGAAUAUUUCUACGCAGAAUAUAUCACCAGUUGAUCAAAUGUAUUUGGAUCCUACCCCGAAGACACCUGGCACCUCUCAGCCCCCUUCACGAACUGCGUCAACUGCAGGAACACAUCAUCUACACGUGGAGAGGCUGGAUAGAUCACCUACGAGAUCUGAUGCAGGGUUUGACGAAAAAACCUCUGCGAGUGAGGACGAACGAGAAGGAGAUUCUAGAUCAGAAAUACAAAGCAUAAUGGAUCAGUUCGGCGAAGAUGGGCAGGGCCCAGGGCAUGAGGAAGUUAUGUCUCCUCGUCUUGAGUUUGCUGGCCCGCUUCUUGGCAGUCCAGUACAACACCCACCUCGCAAAUCGAGUCUGGAACCUUUAAAUGCAGCUGCUCUAAGCCAGAGCAUUGGUGAUUUACAACUAUCAUCUGCUCCUUCACCAGGCCACCGAACGAGGAACGAUUCUGACAUUGGUCCAGCUGUCCCACCUAAACCAGAUUCUAUACGUAGCUUUGGUAGAAUGCAGGAAGAUCGCUACUCCUCUGCAGAUACUCCAUUAUCCCCCCCUCCUUUGCACCGGCCCCCACCUCCUGAACCAGAGCCUGAACCGGACCUUCCUUUUGACUUUCAUCGAUUCUUGGAACAGCUGAGACAUAGGACAGCGGAUCCCGUAGCAAAAUUCUUACGAUCGUUCCUGCAGGAGUUUGCUAAGAAACAGUGGAUGGUACACGAACAAGUUAAAAUAAUAGGCGAUUUCUUGGCUUUUAUCACCAACAAGAUGGCCCAAUGCGAGGUAUGGCGUGAAGUUUCGGAUGCAGAGUUUGAUAAUGCGCGUGAAGGUAUGGAGAAACUAGUUAUGAAUAGGCUGUAUACACAAACAUUUUCUCCAGCGAUUCCUCCACCCCAGCCCAUUCCAGGCGCUAAGCCAAGAAGGCGGGGCGCUGAUCGACCUAUGGGCCCCGGUCGAAGAGGGCAACAUCAAGAAGACGUUGAGAGAGAUGACAUCCUUGCUCAAAAAGUUAGCAUCUAUGGUUGGGUGAAAGAGGAGCAUUUAGAUAUACCACCAGUUGGAGACAGUGGGAAACGUUUUCUCAUCUUGGCACAACAAGAAAUUUUGAAGAUUAAAACCUACAGAGCUCCACGAGACAAAAUAAUAUGUGUCCUCAACUGCUGCAAAGUAAUUUUUGGACUACUCAAGCACUCGAAGACCGAUUCGUCAGCAGAUUCAUUUAUGCCUCUCUUGAUUUAUGUUGUGCUUCAAGCGAACCCCGAGCAUCUUGUAUCUAAUGUUCAAUAUAUUCUUAGGUUUAGAAACCAAGAAAAGCUAGGAGGGGAGGCAGGAUAUUAUCUUUCGUCACUGAUGGGUGCAGUUCAAUUCAUCGAGAACCUGGACAGAACAACUCUUACGAUAAGUGAUGAAGAUUUUGAACGGAAUGUUGAAGCGGCAGUAUCUGCUAUUGCCGAAAAGCAUCAAGCAGAAGUUGCUUUAAGCCCUCUUCAAAACAGUCCACCAACACAGCUUUCCGAAAAAUCUGCUCCUAGCCGUCCUGAAGUAAACUCACGACAUUCCAUGGAAGGUGAAUCAUCGGCACCCAGGAAGUCAACAUCGUCAAACGAGUAUGAAGCUGGAGAUGGUGUAGACGAGAAAGCUGCUAUGAGUGGUCUACUUCGGACUAUCCAGAACCCACUUUCCUCCAUAGGUAGAAUGUUCUCAGACGACCCUUACAGUGGACCCGCGAGGACUCCUAAUCCUGGGAGUACACCAAGAAUAUCUCCAUCUCCACGAGUAAGUCUGGAAGGGUUUCAACCUCCACAGCGAAUAUCUAGUUCACGUGAAUCGAAUGCCAGGAACAGGAUGACGGCAGAAGAUGCCGCUGCAAGGCAAGCAAGUGCCGAGGCGGCAGAGGCACAUCGCCUUCAACGUGCAGAGCACGAAAAUGUCGUAGAGACUCUUGCCGGGAUGUUUCCAGAUUUGGACAGGGAAAUCAUUAGUGAUGUAGUUACUCAGAAAGAGGGAAGGGUUGGUCUGGCAGUGGAUGCAUGUCUUGCUCUUAGUUCCUGA